AUGAAAAGCCUGUGGUGUUUUGUUUUUCUAUUCAUUCGAAUCAACCUCAUCGUCGCUUGGGAAAGUUAUGAACUUGAUCUGUUCGAUCUAGUCGAAGAAAUUGGUUUGAAUACAAAUUUUUAUGACUUCAUCGGUGUUGAAAAGACAGCCGAAGUCAGUGAAAUUAAAAAAGCAUAUAGAAAACUUUCACUAUCAUGGCAUCCUGAUAAAUCAGACGAACCCGAUGCUGGCGAAAGAUUUCGUCGUCUUGUCGCAGUCUAUGAAAUGCUCAAAGAUGAUCAACGUCGUGCUCGAUAUGACCGAAUACUUGUGGAAGGUCUACCGAAGUGGAAUCAACCGAUGUUUUAUUUUCGACGAGCGAAAAAAUUACGUUUUUGGGAAAUUGUAACAAUUUUAACUUUUAUUAUGACGAUUGGUCAUUAUUUGGUGCUCUGGGCAAUCUAUUUUGAAUCAACUUUAGCUAUGGUGAAAAUGAAAGAUCGAUGGAUUGUCCUCGAUUUUCUUUCUAUUCCAGUUCUCAAAGCACCUCAGUUCGUCGACAUUCUACCAAUCAAAUUCGCGUUUUUCUUGAUCGAUCAUCAGUUUUUAAUACCAUAUAUGAAAAAUCUUCUCCAAUCAAUACUUAAAUCGCGCUCUAAAUCUUCUUCUACUCAAUCGUCUACGGUUGACAAUGAAGAAAAUGCGAAUGACACUGAUUAUCCAAUGGUUAAGAAAUCGCCUGUCGUUCGUAUGAAUGACAUAGUACCUGAAAUGGCUACAAACCCGAAUGCACCCAUUGUCCCCUACAUCUCCACACCUGUAUCGCCAACGGAAACAAAUUCCUCAUCAGAUGUGCGCAAAUCGACUCGUUCAUGGUCCGAUGAAGAAAAGCAAUUACUCUGUAAAACUAUUGUUCGAUUUCCACCGGGCACACCACGACGAUGGGAAAAAAUCGCUGAAGUUCUCGGUCGUCGCGUUUCACAAGUAACUGACAUGGCCAAACAAAUUCAAAACACAGUUGGAUCAAACACUAAUCAUAUAUUUCAAGAAAAUCCAUCGUCAUAUUCAACAACGACGACUACAAUCGAUCAAAAUUUAAUUACGGAACGAGCUACAUUAGAUUCGGCUGCUGAUUGGUCACAAACUGAUCAACAUUUACUGGAAUGUGCUUUGAAAACAAUGCCAAAAGAUAUGCCUGGUGCUGAUCGAUGGGAACAAAUUGCACUUUGUAUACCUGGCAAAACACGUGACGAAUGUCUAGCUCGUUACCGCUAUAUAGUGCAACGUGUUAAAGCAAAGAAAAUGGUCUGA